AUGCCCUGGGCCGAGACCAUCGUUGACACCCUGAAGAAGUGGGACACGUCGCUCAUCGCCUACGUGCCCGACAUUUCCAUCGACCGGGUGACCAGCAUCAUCAACGAAGACCCGUUCUUCCACCUGGUUUCCUGUACCCGCGAGGAAGAAGCCAUCGGCGUCGCGGUGGGCAGCUACGCCGUCGGGCGCAACGCCGCGGUGUUCAUGCAGUCCAGCGGGUUCGGCAACAGUGUCAACGCGGUGGCCAGUCUGUGUCUGCCGGCGCGGACGCCCAUUCCCAUCUUCAUGAACCUGCGCGGACAGGUCGGCGAGUUCAACAUCUCCCAGGUCGCCAUGGGCCGCAACACCACACGCAUCCUGGACCUGUUCGGCAUCGCCAACUACACCAUCGAGAGCGAGGACCGGUUGGACACGUUGCUGGACGGCGUGAUGAAACUGUGCCACGCCCACCGCAAUCCGGUCGCCAUCUGCAUGACCCCCAUGCUUCACGGAGGCAAAAUUGCUUAG